AUGGAUACUCAAGUAAACGUAACAUAUAUAAUUAUUGAUGGGUACGUGAACAUUGAUAAAUACAGAUAUCUUUAUUUUGUGAUCAUGUUCACAGCAUAUAUUCUGAUACUCUGCAGUAAUUCUACUGUUGUCUAUCUGAUCUGGAUUCACCCAAACCUCCAUGAGCCUAUGUACGUUUUCAUUGCAGCUUUGUUAAUCAACUCUGUUGUUUACAGCACUGUUUUCUACCCAAAGCUUCUAAUUGACUUUUUAUCUGACAAACAGAUCAUAACAUAUUCAGCCUGUCUCUUUCAGUGGUUCAUAUUUUACUCUUUAGCUGGUUCUGAAUUCUUACUGUUGGCAGCUAUGUCCUAUGACAGGUAUGUGUCUAUAUGUAAACCUCUGCAAUAUCCAACCAUCAUGAGAAAAAAGACUGUGAUUAUGUUCUUGGUUUUAGCCUGGCUUGUGCCUUUUUGUAAGAUUGCAGGGCCAAUUGUUCAGAAUGUGAAUAAGAAACUCUGUAAAUUUAUUUUCAAAGGAAUCAUUUGUAACAGCACAGUUCACAAGCUUCACUGUGUGGAACCAAGAAUAGAGAAAAUAUAUGGUUUGAUAGUUUUUGUAAAUCUUCUAAUUAUCCCUGUACUCUUCAUACUGUUUACAUACACCAGAAUAUUUAUAAUAACUUAUCGAAGUUGUAGAGAAGUCAGGAGAAAAGCUGCACAGACCUGUUUACCUCACCUCAUAGUUUUAAUCAACUUCUCCUGUUUGACUGCAUAUGAUGUACUUCUGCUGAGACUGGAAACUGAUUUUUCACAAACUGUACGUUUCAUAAUGUCCUUGCAAAUGAUUAUGUAUCAUCCUCUCUUUAAUCCGAUCAUAUAUGGACUAAAAAUGAAAGAAAUUUAUAAACACCUCAAGAGGCUGUUCUGCAAAAUGUGA